UAAUGUUCAGCAUCGUCUGCUCGUUUAUGCUUAUCGCAACGAUGUUAACGUGAUUCUUCCCCAAACCGGAAACUAUGUGAAUAAUCCCAAGCACAAAUAUGUGUUGGAUGAGCCAUUUCGUCUAGAGUGGCUUAAUGGAGUUUCUUGGCAUCGAGAUUUUGUCAAAAAUAACGAGUACGGUAUUCAAGCUCUUCACACCAAAUGGAAUUACACGGCAUAUAGAACGCUUUUAGGGCCCUCAGCCGUAUUUUCGACCAUAUUGAGAAACCCGGUUCACACCUUUGAAAGUCAGUAUUCAUACUAUGGUUUUGAGAGCCAUUAUCGUAUGAAUAUAUCUGAAUACUUGAAGCGACUGGAAAGAAAUCCAACCACAAGAUUUGAAAGAGACCCAAACAAACGUGGAUUAAAUCAGCAGAGCUGGGAUCUGGGUAUGAUGGGACCAGAUCUGGAAGACUCCAGGGUCAUUGAGGCCAAAAUCCAAUCCAUGGAUCAAGAGUUCGAUCUAGUCAUGAUCAAUGAGUUCAUGGAUGAGUCUUUGGUACUCUUGGCUAAUUUGUUAUGUCUGCCUCUUUCGACUAUGAGUGGGCUAAAAAUGAAUCAAAGGAAAUCAAAAGCCAAAAUGCAAGAUGAUGGCCAUAACUGAGUUAAACCUUAUCUCCUUGAUUCAAUCCAAGCAGAGAAGGAGGUGGUUAAAAUUGUUGUGAAAUUAGAAAAUAAAUGCUUCAAAAUGUUCCGUGGCUUUCACUAUUGUGACUACAAUUA